GUUGACCGGCGAAUCUGAGAGGAGUUUGUGGGGUGUCUGCUGCUGCAAAGACUAGAACAGGGUUGGAUCUGUAGUAGAAGGUCCAGGAGGGGAAAGCACUGGCCGCUCUCUCGCUCUCCUCUCUCCUUCUGUGCCCACGGCGAUGUGGGCUGCCCUGAGGUUACCCCUGCGUCCGUGCGCCCGGGCCGCUGCCCGUGGGCUGCGCGCCUAUCACGGGGACUCGGAGGCCACGUUGGGCACACAGCCAGACUUGGAGUCUGUCGUCUACCAGGAAAACUACGAACAGAUGAAAGCACUAGUCAGUCAACUCCAUGAACGAGCACAGCAUAUAAGACUGGGAGGUGGUGAGAAAGCCCGAGCCCUUCACAUAUCAAGAGGAAAACUGUUACCUAGAGAAAGAAUCGACAAUCUUAUAGAUCCAGGGUCUCCAUUUCUAGAAUUAUCCCAGUUUGCAGGUUACCAGUUAUAUGGCAAUGAGGAGGUCCCUGGAGGUGGCAUCAUUACAGGCAUUGGCAGAGUAGCAGGAGUAGAAUGCAUGAUUGUUGCCAAUGACGCCACUGUUAAGGGAGGUUCUUACUACCCAGUGACUGUGAAAAAACAUGUACGAGCACAAGAAAUUGCAUUGCAAAACAGGCUCACCUGCAUCUAUUUGGUUGAUUCAGGAGGGGCCAACUUACCCCGACAAGCAGAUGUAUUUCCAGAUCGAGAUCACUUUGGUCGCAUAUUCUAUAAUCAGGCAAUUAUGUCUUCUAAAAAUAUUACACAGAUAGCAGUGGUCAUGGGCUCCUGUACGGCAGGAGGGGCUUACCUGCCAUCAAUGGCUGAUGAAAACAUCAUUGUACGCAAGCAGGGCACCAUUUUCUUGGCAGGACCUCCCUUGGUUAAAGCAGCAACUGGAGAAGAGGUGUCAGCUGAGGACCUUGGAGGUGCUGAUCUUCAUUGCAGAAAGUCUGGAGUGACUGACCACUAUGCUUUGGAUGAAAUUCAUGCCCUUCACUUAACUAGGAAGGCCGUGAGGUGUCUAAAUUACCAGAAGAAAUUGGAUGUUACCAUUGAACCUUCUGAAGACCCUUUAUUUCCUGCUGAUGAAUUAUAUGGAAUAGUUGGUGCUAACCUUAAGAGGACCUUUGAUAUUCGAGAGGUCAUUGCUAGAAUCGUUGAUGGAAGCAAAUUCAAUGAGUUCAAAGCCUUGUAUGGAGACACAUUAGUCACAGGAUUUGCUAGAAUAUUUGGAUACCCAGUAGGUAUUGUUGGAAACAAUGGAGUCCUCUUUUCUGAAUCUGCAAAAAAGGGAUCUCACUUCAUCCAGUUGUGCUGCCAAAGAAAUAUUCCUCUUCUGUUCCUUCAAAACAUUACUGGAUUUAUGGUUGGUAAAGACUAUGAAGCUGAAGGAAUUGCCAAGGACGGUGCUAAGCUGGUGACUGCCGUAGCCUGUGCCAAUGUGCCUAAGAUAACCGUCAUCAUUGGGGGGUCAUAUGGGGCUGGCAACUAUGGGAUGUGUGGCAGAGCAUAUAGUCCAAGAUUUCUUUACCUGUGGCCAAAUGCUCGCGUCUCAGUGAUGGGAGGUGAGCAGGCAGCAAGUGUGUUAGCAACAAUAGCAAAGGACCAAAAAGCACGGGAAGGGAAACAGUUCUCCAGUGCUGAUGAAGCAGCUUUAAAAGAGCCCAUCAUUAAGAGGUUUGAAGAGGAAGGAAACCCUUAUUAUUCCAGUGCAAGGCUGUGGGAUGAUGGAAUCAUUGAUCCAGUGGACACCAGACUUGUCGUGGGUCUCAGUAUUAGUGCAGCUCUCAACGCACCAAUCCAGAAGACUGACUUUGGCACCUUUAGGAUGUAACUGCAGUGAAGUGUUUUCCGUUGGACGUGUAUUUAAAGUUAGCACAUUUAGUAGCCUUAAAAUGUUAAGAUUUUUGAACAUGUGGCUAUUGUAAUAAAAUUGUUUUCUUAUCACAGUGCACUAUACUUUUCUACUUAAAAAAAAUCAAUGCGGACAUUUAUUUGAUGAACAUAAACCCCUUUUAAAUUUUCUCAGAGAAAUUUCUCUUGGCCUAGUUUUAUCACCAAUGAUGAAGAGAAUGGUUUAUGGAUUCCUUUGUAACCCACAAGUAGUAUGAAAAGUUCUGUUACUGUAAAUUCCAGGUAUUACUGAAAUUAUUAACAUAAAGUUGUAUUUCCACUGAAAUGAAUGCUUUGCUGAUUAUGCAUGAUGAUAUUUGACACACUUAUUUUAAAAAAGGCAUCUAUUACUUUUCCAUCCAGCCACCAUCUUACUUUCUUCCCAUCAUAGUCAAAUUUGUCUAUACUCUGGGCUGUAUUUCCUAACCCAUUCUCUCCUCACCGUACCCCUUUCUGGCUUCCACUGCCAACAGCCCUCUCCAAGGCCCCCAUUGACCUCCAUGUUGCCGAAAACUAGUGGAUUCUUUUCCAUCUUCAUCUGAUUUUACUUUCUGUAGUAUUCUAAUCAGUUGAACGCUUGUCCUUGAAAUGCUGUUCUUAACUCCCAUGAUUUAACACACUAGGUUUUCUACCAACUUCUUUGACAAUUCUUUGUUGGUUUCCUUUGUAGUUCUCUCUUUCUCUACUGAUUCUUACUUCCCCUUCCUAUAUUUGUUUUUAAUUUUUAUUAGUAAUAUAUGAAUAUGUCCUUAUUCUAAAAGAUACAAAUACAGGUAGUCCCUGACUUACAAGUAUUUGAGUUACAAUGAACCUCACUUACGACCAUCUUUUUUUUUUUUUUUGAUACAUCUUAUCAUUAGUAAUAUGUACCACAUACAGUGUUGCAGUGUGUAAUUUGCUGAUGUUAUCAUUCUUGUACCAACUCCCAAAGACAAAUAAAGACUGGAUUUAUAAAGAUACUGAUAAUAACCGAAACCAAACCAAACUCACUGCGAUCGAGUCAAUUCCAGCUCAUAGCGACCCUAUAGGACAGAGUAGAACUGCGCCAUAGGUUUCCCAAGGCUGUAAAUCUUUAUGGAAGCAGACUGCCACAUAUUUCUCCGGUGAAGUAGAUGGUGGUUUUGAACCACUUUUGGUUAGCAGCCAAGCACUUUAACCACUGUGCCACCAGGGCUUCUUCUACUGAUAAUAAAAGACUAUAAUAAUGAAAACUAAAAAAAAAAAUGAGGUAUUCAACUUAGGUCAGAACUAACUUACGAUGAGUCAUUGGAAUGGAACCCAGUUGUAAGCUGGGGACUACUUGUAAUACAGAAGUAUCUUCUCAUUCUUAAAUCCAUGUGUUCCUUGUACCUUGAUUUAUUUUCGGUGGGCCAUUUCAACCCCUCUCAGGGCUUCGGUCACCAUCUAAGCUUGGAUGACUCCUUGUGGACAGUUCUUAACUGAGUUCUCUGAGCUCUAGACCUGCAUAUAUAACAAGUACACCAGACUGGGUGUCUUUAGGAACCUCUAACACAGUCAUCAAGACCUAUUGAUUAUCUUAUUUAUUUUUAUAUUUGACAAGUUUUAUUGUGUUUUAGGUGAAAGUUUACAGCACAAAGUAAUUUUUCAUUAAAAAUUUUAUGUACACCUUGUUUUGUGACAUUGGUUGCAAACCCUGCAAUGUGUCAGCACUCUCCCCCUUCCUUUUCUGUCCUGGGUUCUCCAUGUCCAUUCAUCCAUUUUUCCUGUCACUUCCUGCCUUCUUGUCUUUGCUUUUUGGGCAGGUGUUGCCUGUUUGAUUUUGUUUACUUGAUUGAACUAAGAAGCACAUUCCUCACAUGUGUUAUUGUUUGUUUUAUAGGCCUGUUUAAUCUUUGGGUGAAGGAUGGACUUCAGUUCUGAGUUAACAAGGUGUCCAGGGACCAUAGUCUCCGGGUUUCCUCCACUCUCUGUCAGACCAGUAAGUCUGGUCUUUUGUUUGUGAAUUUGAAUUUUGUUUUACAUUUUUCUCCCACUCUGUCCAGGACCAUCUAUUGUGAUUCCUGUCAGAGUGGUUGGGGAUGGUAGCUGAGCACCUUGCAGUUCUUCUGGGAGGAGGCUGGUGGAGACUGUAGUUCAUGUGGUACAUUAGUCCUUUGGACUGAUCUUUCCCUUGUAUCUUUGAUUUUCUUCAUUAUUCUUUGCUCUAAAUGUGAUGGGACCAAUAGAUGUAUCUUAGAUGGCCGCUUGCAAGGUUUUAAAACCCCAGAUGCUGCUCACCAAAGUAGGAUGUAAGACAUUCUCCUUAUGAACUAUGUUACUAGAUGUCCCCCGAAGACCGUGGUCCCCAGUGCUCAAUCCCAGUAACUUGGUCCCUCAAGGUGUUUGGAUGUGUCUAGGAAGCUUCUAUGACUUUGCCUUGGUCAAGCUGUGUGCUGUCUUUCCCUUCACCAAAGUUAACUUGUCUAAUAUUUAGUUAGUGAUUUCCCCUCCCCACUACUCCCCUCCCUCGUAACCAUCAAAGAUUAUUUUUUUCUGUGUGUAAACCUUUUCUCAGAUUUUUAUAAUGUGGUCUCAUACAGUAUUUGUCCUUUUGUGGUUGACUUAUUUCACUCAGCAUAAUGCCCUCCAGAUUCAUCCAUGUUGUGAAGUGUUCAACAGAUUGAUCAUUGUUCUUCAUUGUUGCUUAGUAUUCCAUUGUGUGUAUGUACCGUAGUUUAUCCAUUCGUCUGUUGAUGGACACUUAGUUUGUUUCCAUCUUUUCGCUAUUGUGAACGAUGCUGCAAUGAACAUGGAUGUGCAUAUGUCUAUUCUUGUGAUGGCUUUUAUUUCUCUAGGAUAUGUUCCUAGGGGUCGGGUUGCUGGAUCAUGUGUUAUUUCUAUUUCUAACUUUUUAAGGAUGCUUCAUAUCAUUUUCCAUAGCGGUUGUACCAUUUUACAUUCCCACUAGCAGUGCUUAAGAGUUCUGAUCUCCCCACAACCUCUCCAACAUAUGUUAUUUUGUGUUUUUUUGAUUUGUGCCAGUGAUGUUGGGUGAGAUGUUAUCUCAUUGUAGUUUUGAUUUGCAUUUCUGUAAUGGCUAAUGAUCUCGAGCAUUUCCUCAUGUGGUGUUAGCUACCUAAAUGUCUUCGUUGGUAAAGUGUCUGUUCAUAUCCCUUGCCUGUUUCUUAAUAAGAUUAUUUGUCUUUUUGUUGUUGAGGUGUUGAAGUAUUCUAUAGAUUUUAGAGAUUAGACCCUUGUUGGAUAUGUCAUAGCCCACAAUUUUUCCCAGUCUCUAGGUUCUGUUUUUACUCUUUUGGUGAAGUCUUUUGCUGAGCAUUAAGUGUUUAAUUUUUAGGGGCUCCCAGUUACCUCGUUUCUCUUCUGGCAUUGGCGCAUCGUUAGUUAUGGUUCGUAUUGUAUUUAUGCCAUGUAUUAGGGCCCCUAGCAUUGUCCCUAUUUUUUCUGCCAUGAUUGUUAUUGUUUUAUGUUUUAUAUUUAGUUUUUUGUUCCAUUUUGAGUUAGUUUUUGUGUAUGAUGUGAGGUAUGGAUCCUGUUUCAUUUUUUUCACAAAUGGACAUCGAGUUUUGCCAGCACAAUUGUUAAAAAGACUGUCUUUUCCUCAUUUAAUGGAUUUUGGUCCUUUGUCAAAGAUCCGCUGACCAUAGAUGGUGAAUUUAUAUCUGGGUUCUUGAUUCUGUUCCAUUGGUCAAUGUGUCUGUAGUUGUACCAGUACCGGGCUGUUUAGACUACUGUGACUGUAUAGUAGGCCAGAGAUCAGGUAGUGUGAGGCCUUCUACUUUGUUCUUUUUCUUCAAUAAUGCUUUUGCUUAUCUGGGGCAUCUUUCCUUUCCAUAUAGGAUUGAUGACAAGGACCUUCUCCCAGAGCUGACAGAGAGAGAAAGUAUUCUCUUGGAGCUGGCACCUUGAAUUUGGACAUCUAGUCGUCUAGACUGUGAGAGAAUGACUUUCUCUUUGUUAAAGCCAUCCACUUGUGGUAUUUUUGUUAUAGCUGCACUACAUGACUAAGACAGUUGGUGAUUAGUUUUUCUAUCUCGUUGGUAUUUGGAUCAGGAUUGCAUUGUAUCUGUAGAUUGCUUUGGGUAGAGUAGAAUUGACAUUUUUCACAAUGUUGAGUCUUCCUAUCCAUGUAUCUCACUCAUUUUUGUCUCUUACCACCACAGGACUUAGAAGUUGUUUACCUGACUCCAGUCUUACCUACUCUAAUCUGUUCAUUGCUCUGUAGUUAGAAUGACAACUCUGAAGUGCACAUUUGGUCAUUGUCUUAGUUAUAACAGAAAUACCACAAGUGGAUGGCUUUAACAAAUAGAAAUGUAUUCUCUCACAGUUUAGGAGGCUAGAAAUCCAAAUUCAGGGCAACGGUUUCCAGGGGAAGGCUUUCUCUCUCCGUUGGCUCUAGGGAAGGUCCUUGUCGUUAACCUUCCCCUGAUCUAGAAGCUUCUCAGCACAGAGACCUCAGGUCCAAAGGAUGGGUUCCCCUCCUCGUUCUUCAUUCUUGAUGGUAAUGAGGUCUGUCUCCUCUCUGCUGUCUUCUCUUGCAUCUCAAAAGAGAUCGACUCAAGAUACAGCUUAAUCUUGUAGAUUGUAUCCUGCCUAAUUAACAUCAUAGAAUUUAGGAUUUACAACACAUAAGAUAAUCUCAUCAUAUCACAAAAUGGAAGACAACCACACAAUACUGGGAACACAUUUUGGGGGGACACAAUUGAAUCCAUAACAGUUACACUACUCCCUGAUGUAGAAAGUGUCUGUGGUUUCCUGGAGAAGAAAUGCCAGACCCCUAAUACUUUCCAUGAUCUUGCUUGAUACCUCUUCAGUCUCAUCUUGACUAUCUUUUUAUACUCGGUGCUGCAGCCCUUCUGGAUGACUUCCAGUUCCUUGAAUCUACCAGGUCCUUCCCACCUUAGGGUCUAUAGGUUUCCCUCUAUCUGAACUAUUCUGCUUCCAUUCUUUUUCCACUCUUCCUUCUGCUUAAGUAUUUACUCUUCUACUUAAGCACUCCAUUUGCUCAGUUUAAACACCUUCCUCAAGGAUAUCUCUGUGACUUCCCUGAACUUGGUUAGAUGUCCUGCUAUAAGUUCUUACAAAACACCAUCCGUUUCUUCUAUGUCAAACUCAUCAUCUUAUUUUAAAUAUUUCUUUAAUAUCGUUCCACCUGCUAGAAUGGAAUGUAAGCUGUUUGAGGGCAAGCAUCCUCCUGUUUAUCCUGUAUUUCAACGCCUCGCACUUUGUAGGUGCACAAAUAUUUGUUGCAAGAACGAAAAAACUCAUACUGUAAUUGAUAAACUCAGACUACGUAGUUUUUAAAAUUAAGUAAUUGAUUUUAUUACUUAACCAUGAAC